AAAAAAUUGAUCACUUCGUCGACGACAAUUGAAUCCGAAUCCUUCCUCAACAGAAGCCCUAAUUUCUCUAUAGCUGACAAACCCUUCCUCUGCUUUUGACGACAUCGAUCGGCACAUCGCAUUCCUCCUCUUCAUCGCCUGUACGACUGCUAGCAUCUGGUCGUCCUUAACCUUCUCACGACACCUUCUCUGCUACUGCAGAUUCAUUUCCCACUGCUCAGCCGGACCAUCACUGCUCCGCUCGUCAUUACUUACCACGCAAGCUCUAGAUUAGACAACAGCUUCUCCACCUUGUCACCACCGCGCCGGCUCCAAAAUCCUCACGGCUCCAGCGUCUAGACCAGACCACCACUACUCUGCCUCUGUUGCCACACUUGUGGUCUAUAGCGCCUGCGGCUUGCUGAUUAUUUAUGUAGCUGGUGCUUGUUAAUUUGCUGGGAUCGCUGUUCUGUCUAAAAAGAUGGUCUCUCUCUCUCUCUCUCUCUCUCUCUCUGUGUGUGUGUGUGUGUGUGUUUCUCUCUUGUACUUAGUGUAUGUUUAGCCAUGGGAAUUCAUUGUUCGAGCCCGAAAGGAAAAAGAAAUAAGCUGUUGCCAAUAUCUGUUUGGCUCAACGUGUGCAUUAUUUCCUUGAUCCUGCAACAGAAUUGGGGAUUGAAAAAGAUUGCUGUUUGACUUUGUUACUUUCUGUUUUCUGCUCUACGUCCAUUGUUCAGGACAGGAAACCGUGUCCCUCUAGUAGGAUAUAUGUUUGCUUUGUGGGUAAGACGAUCUAAUGGUUCACUUUCUGUUGCAGCUUCCUCUUUCGCUAUUGAAGACGGCACAAGGCCAUCCCAUGUUGGUUGAGCUUAAAAAUGGGGAAACUUACAAUGGACAUUUGGUCAACUGUGAUACUUGGAUGAACAUCCAUCUUCGAGAAGUUAUCUGCACCUCUAAGGAUGGAGACAGGUUUUGGCGUAUGCCUGAAUGCUACAUACGUGGAAAUACCAUCAAGUAUCUCCGGGUUCCUGAUGAGGUAAUUGAUAAAGUUCAGGAAGAAACAAAAACCCGCUCAGAUCGAAAGCCACCUGGAGUUGGACGUGGUAGAGGGAGGGGUCGAGAAGAUGGUGCUGGCGGAAGGGCUCCAAAGGGUGUUGGCCGUGGGCUCGAUGAUGGGGGAGCCAAGGGUCCGGGUGGAGGGCGCGGAAAAGGUGGUCCUGGUGGGAAGCCUGGCGGAAGCAGAGGUCCAGUUAGAGGACGUGGUUGAUCCGUUGUAACGAUGGCUAAACGUCCAGGGGGGAGGGGCUAGCUUGCUUGCUUGCUACUUUUUCGAAGCAUUUGGCAACCUGCCUGCACUGUCAAUCCGUCAAGAGUUCUUUUGGUAGAAUGCUAUACAAUGAUGCAUGUUGUGAUUUUCUCGUGUUUCUUCUCUCUUGUAAUUUAAGGGUCUCCACCAACCAAGUCUCAAUGUUCCGCUUACGGAAAAAACGACCAAGCCAAAUGUGGCUCGUAUCCAAUUGCCAACCCUAACCCAUGGGUUUAUUUUGGUCAAUUCUCCAAUCGAUUGUUUGGAUGUUGUAACUCUUCCCUCUUUCGUCCCUGAAAUUUAGUAAUCCUAAUAUGCUCCUUCACCCUACUUGGCAUUGUUGUUCAUAAUAACACCCUGAUCACAGUCCCAUUUUUGGUUUCACACAAGUAGGAAUCUAGGAUUCCAAUUCAAAUGAAUGCAAAUUGGCCAACUUCUCAAUCU